UUCCUCCAGGCCGUGGCACAGGGACGGGUCCUGUGCCCUGAGCUGCAGUGCCAUAUCCGUGUCUCUGCUGCUCUCCAGGCCUCUCGGGAAACGCUGCAUUGUGCGGCCAGGUUCUCAAAGAGGAGGAAUCUCGAGAAGCUACUGAAGAAGGAGCAGUUGAAGAUCGAUGAGUGUCUGGUAAGGAUGGCCUGGAUGAAGCCCUAGCCUCAGGCUGGAAAGAACCCCUGCCCCUGGUGUUCAGUGUGUGGGGGGCUGGCAGCUGUGGCCCCUGUCCAGUGCUGCACCCAGGGGCGCCAGCCUGCGCCCCACACGCCGCUCCCUUCCCUGGGCCACACGGGACCUUCUCCAGGCUCCUGUGGGCCCGAGCCGGGUGCCGAUGGAGCCCCGGCACAGCGGGGCUGCGGGGCGGGGCGGCACCGCGGCUCCCCGGGCAGCAGCCGGCCCUCGGCCCCCUCCAGAGCCCGGCAACAGCGGCUGCUGGCCGGGCCUCAGGGCUGUGCGGGCAGGGGAGGCCGGCGCUGGGCGCAGCCAGAGCCCGGCCGAGGGGCUGAGCCCGCGCCAAGCCUUCCCUGCUGCCGCUCUCUGCAGCUGGCAGAGGACAGGAGCCGAGCGGCCGAGCACCUGCGCCGGGUGCUGCCGUACCUGCAGAAGCCACAGGAGCCCCUGCGAGCGGCGGCCAUCAGGUUCAUGGGAAGGGUCUGGCGGCGCCAGAGGGGGCAGCAGGAAGAGCUCCAGGCCCUCAGGGAGGGCCUUCAAGCCCCAAGGAACAGUGCCAGCCCAUCCUGUUCGAUUACUGAAAAUCGUACCCAGUUUGCCCUAGGAGCUAAAGAAGUAGGGUUAUAUGCUGGAACCACUGAACCAUUGUCACAAGAACAACACCUGUAGUACAACCUCCCAGUGCUGCUGGAGCUCCAGGCACAGCUGAUGAUUGGCACAGCUGAGCCUGCAGGAAGCUCUCAGGGCUUCAACCCUCUCUUUGCCUGUAGAUAGUUCCCUCCCUCUAGCCCCCAGAGACUGUCCAUUCCCAUUUUACCCAUCACUCUCCAUCCCUUUUGACAGUUCCAUCUCAGGAGCCCUCAGACCAUGCCCAUCCCCUUUUUCCACCCCAUAUCAUCCCUUUUUUUUGCCUUCCAUUAAUAAACAGUUUGGC